GCCCUUUCACCUUUCAGCUUUCAACGAGACCACCGACGAGGCGAUGACUGGCGAGCAGGAGCCGGGAAGCGAAGGGAGUGGGACCGCUCAUCAUGGACGCCGCGGUGGAGCCCCUCCUGCCGCAGCCGGCGGCCGCCCUGGACCACCUCGGCCGGCCGGCCUCCCGCCGCACCACCGGCCGGUGGCCCGCCGCCGUCUUCAUUAUCGGGGUGGAGAUCUCGGAGCGGUUCGCGUUUUCCGGCAUCUCGGGGAACCUGAUCACCUACCUCACCGGCCCGCUCGGGCAGUCCACGGCGUCGGCCGCCGCGGCCAUCAAUGCCUGGAGCGGCGCCGCGCUCAUGCUGCCGCUGCUCGGCGCCGCCGUCGCCGACUCAUGGCUCGGCCGGUACCGCGCUAUCAUCAGCGCCUCCCUCAUCUACAUUCUGGGAACGGGCUGUAGGCGACUUCCUCAUAACUCAGCAGCAGUAGGCACUACGCUUUGGGCAGCUGUAAUGUACUACUAGCAUGCACUUAAUACUGGAGUUAUCCAUGGACUGGGCUUGCUCACCCUAUCAUCAACUUUUGUGCCAAGCCUACCAGCAGAAUUUGAAGACAAUGUGGAUUCUUCAGUAUCCUGGAUGGGUAUUCAUUUAGCUUUCUUCUAUGUGUCACUUCACAUGGUGGCUU